CUUUACAUGGUACAUCGAUUGGUGAUCGCGGAUAUCGAAGAUGUGGCAUGCCUGGCCAGCUACAGCCGUUUCUGGCGACAACAGUUUGCGGAUCAUCCGACGGAGAAAUAUUGUUCGGCGUUGCUGUUGAACCAUCUGCCAGAUGGAACACCGGGAAGCAAUGAGAAAUAUUUUAUGCUGAGUGACAUUGAGCCAUUGGAUUACGAGCUAAGGCAGAAGCUCAAACGAGAUAUGAUGGAGCUAGUUCUUGCGCGACAUCAGUUUGAAAGGACGGAUCGCAACUUCAAUCGAGGUUGUCUGUAUUGUCGGGAUUUACAGACAGAGUCAAGGACAGAAUUUCUGGAGCAUUUGUACACGAAGCAUUUUUUGCUUCUGGGUAAAGCGGAAAAUUUAGUUUUCGUGGAUGAGCUGAUUGACGCAGUGCAGGAAAAGAUGGACAAAUUGGUUUGCUUGUUUUGUGAAAAGAUAUUCAAAGAUCGGCCGACACUGAAGGAACACAUGAGAAAGAAAGGCCAUAAGAGAAUAAACCCGGAAAACAAGUUUUACGAUCGGUUCUUUCUAGUGAAUUAUAGAAGCGAUCGACUGAAGAAAACAUCACCAGCUGCGGUCGCUCCAAAGCAGCCUGUACCGAUUAAAGCGCGUGAUCGAGAAAGUUCGCCAUUUCAUUCAGAAGAUUCCGACUCGGAUUGGUCGGACUGGUACGGCGAAGAGCAACCCACGACUUGCCUUUUCUGCUCUGUGGCGAAACCUAAAAUAGAUGACCUUAAGCAGCAUAUGAAGACGACUCACAGUUUCGAUUUCGAUGCCCAGGUCAUCGGCCUAACAUUCUAUCAACGGGUGAAAAUAGUGAACUACAUUCGCCGCCAAAUGCACGUACUCAAGUGUGUUGUGUGCCGCGAAGAUUUCCCCUCGAACGAACAACUGCAAUGCCAUCUACGAGAAGCGGGUCAUUACGCGACUGGGGAGCAACAGUUCUGGGACCAGCCGGAGUUUUUCUUCCCAACGUAUGAGGACGAUCAGUUUCUGUGCCACCUGGAGGAUGAUAGUCCGGAUCAAUCGGACGAUAGUUCGGUGGUUAUUUCGGAAAAAGUGGAUGCAAAGGUGAAUACGGAGGCAGAAUCCUUAUCGCUUGAAAAUUUUAAAUUGGCUUAAUUUUUAUCAAUGGAGAUUUUUUUGUAAUAUAUUUACGGCUAGAUAAAUUAAAUCAAUUUCUUAUAAUUCUCAG